AUGAGAGAGUUUCCUCGUGGAACAGUUGGCUGCGAGUCGUUGUCUUCUAUCUCCCCCAUUAUAUUUUCUUUCUCGCCAUGGCCCAGCUUCUAUUCACCACAAAUGGAUGACUACACCCUUCCCAUACCUCUCUUAACCACCGCCACUGCCACCACUACCAGCGGCGCUGCCAAAGAAGAUGCUAAAAAUAGGGUUCCCUCACCGAGUACUCCCGGUCCCGAUGUCAUUUGUCGUCUUCUCUUGGUAAUCCUCAUCGGAACAAUCUCCGUAUGGGCAAACCACGAAGCAUCAAAAGGAUUCAAGGUAACAAUAAUCAACAACUCUGCCUUCAAAGUCUCCCCGGCGGCGAGACGUUUCCAUCUCUUUUACGUAUCCAACGACGAAGCCACUCGAAUCAUCUUGAACACAAGCGCUUACCCCAAUCAUCCCCAUCUAACAAAGAAGCCAGUUCACCACGUCGUUCUUCAGUUAGCUGCCGGCGAAGAAGACAAACCGUCGACGACCAAAGUCAGCGUUGCCAGAAGCAAAGGGAAAGAAUCCGUUUACGUCAUCAACUUAAGUCCAACGAUAAUGGAGUAG